GAGGCCGGAGUAUUCGACCUCUUUUUGUCUCGUUGAAUUCCCGUUUUGUCCCUUUCCCGCCCGGACUCACCCUUUUUAUGCUCCUUCCUUCUCGUUGCCCUUUCAUUUCCACUUCCACCGUACCAGUCAUUGUGUUCUUUAUUAUUCUAUCCAUCGACGUUGCUCGGAGCCUCGACCUUACUGCGAAACUAGUUUGUUGAAAGCAUGGCGGAUUGGGGGCCAGUUGUGAUAGCGGUGGUGCUGUUUGUGUUGUUGACGCCGGGGCUGCUGUUUCAGCUGCCGGGGAACAGCCGGGUGGCGGAGUUCAACAACAUGCAGACCAGCGGGGUUUCCAUCUUGGUUCACACCAUCAUUUACUUUGGCCUCAUCACCAUUUUCCUCAUCGCCAUCGGCGUUCACAUCUCCACUGGCUAGCUUAUAUGCACGCUAUCCGUCUGCAGCAUUUACAUUUUUCCGAUACGCGCGCAUGCAUGCAGGGGG